AUGGUGUGCAGGGCUGGGAGGACUGGUAAGUGCCCAUCAGAGGGCCCCACCAGUUCCCCAGCAGCACAGGCCCCCCAACAGCUGCUCUGCUUCCUGCUGCUGCUCUAUGCAUCAACCUCAGCCGCAGCAGAGCAGCCCCUGUGUGACAUGAGCCCCUUCACAGAGCAGGCGCCUGAGGGGGUGGCUCCCUGCAAGACCUGCUUCUUCCCCACGUACCCGGACAUUCAGAGCCUGGACCUGACGAAAUACAAGCCGGUGGAUUUCACCAACCAGUGGAUCUACUUUGCUGGGGACUCCACCCUGCGGCAGGUUUACGGGGAGUUUUACGGCAUCAUUCACAGGACGCAGGCGCCGGGCUAUGCGGAGCUGAAGCACCACUCGCGGCAGGAGUGCCCAGAGCAGGUCCGGGACAGCUAUGUGCCGCCGCCCUGGGAUACCACUCCCUGCUACCUGAACGAAAAGACCUGCCACAGCCACUACAACGACACCGGCAUGGGCCACAACAUCGACAUCACCUAUGACUGGAAGCACCUGAUCUAUGAGGACUACGACAGGUGGCUGUACAACAAGUGGCAGACGGAGGGCGGAGGGCCACACUUCUUAUUCGUGAGCCCGGGCAUCCACGACUGCUACCAUGAGCCAGAGGAGUAUGAGCACCAUGCAAGGGAGCUCGCCAGGCUGGCGCGCCACAUGGCAUCACUCCAGCACCAGACAGUUGUCUGGAUUGACGCGAACCCGAUCACCUACGCCGUGCAUGGGGCGGCCGCGCUCAAGUGCAUAUUCUAUGUGAAUGCGGCCGCGCAUGCGCUGGCGCGCGAGCACGGGCUGCUCAUGUUCAGCCGGCAGACCAUGAUUGUGUCUGGGCACCAGGUGAUUGCGAAUGGGGAGUACCCGAUGCAUCAGGAGGACGCAACAGUAAAGAUGGAGGUGCAGCAUCUGCUGGCAUGGCUCGGCUGCGCGCUGCAGCACCUGAAGGCGGGCCUGCUCAGCUCCUGA